UGCAUUGCUGCCUGAUUGACCAAGCUCUUCCUGGUUCUUUCGUCAUUCCCUUAUACUCUUCUUCCCCCAUUGCGUUGCGAUUAAGUUGCUGCGAAGGCGAUUGGUAUCGAAUUUAGGGUUUGAGAAAAAAGCUUCCGAAGAUAUUUGUUGGCCUUUACUCGCGGAAUCAGAUGGCCGCGGCUGCGGCUUGCAAGCGAGUGGGGCAAUUAGGAGCUAAUUCAGGGAUGAGCUUGAUUGGCUUAGGAGCUUUUGGGACUUCAAAAGCAUCGUCUUCAUUGGAUAGAGUAUCUUCGGCUCUUUUGCCUCUGAAUAAACCAAUUUACUCUAGACACAUUUCUCAACUGGCGAAUUCUAACGGAAAGCGAUUGUUUCUCGUUGACACAUUAGCUCUUGUUAGGAGAUUAGAAGGGCAAGGCUUGCCCUCAAAGCAGGCGGAGGCUAUAACUGCUGCCAUAACUGAAGUUUUGAAUGACACUAUGGAAAAUGCAUCCCAGUCAUUUGUUUCAAAAGGAGAAAUACAAAAAAUUGAAAUGAUUCAAGAAGCCAAUGUUUCAAAGUUCAAAUCGGAAGUCCAGAGUUCACAGGGCCAUCAUUUUUCUAUGUUGCAACAUGAAACUGAGAAGCUUCGGAAUGAUAUAGAGAAGAUGCGUAAUGAAUUAAGAUAUGAGAUAGAUAAAGUCACUGCAGGGCAGCGGCUGGAUUUGAACCUUGAAAGGGGGAGAAUAAGGGAUGAAUUAAACAAUCAGAGUGCUGAAACUACAAAUCUGACUAACAAACUUGAUAGAGAAAUUCAUGCUUUAAAAGCACAAUUGGAAGCAGCAAAAUACGAAGUUAUAAAAUACUGCAUAGGGACCCUUGUUUCAAUCUCUGCUGUUGGCCUUGCUGUUGUUCGCAUUUUGAUGUAAACAUAUGUUGUCCACUAACAUUAGGUUGAAAGACCGACCCCAAAGAUUAAAUUUAAGGAGAGAAUUGACUGUGCUAUUGGAGCUGGAGGUGAAGACUGCGGCUCCCAGUAGGAUGGAAAUGGGCCCUUAUUUAGCCCCAUUUCCAUAUUCUUUUUGUGUAAUUUGUUCGCACCAUUGCUUAUGGGUUGUUUUCAUAGUUUAUACAAGCCAGUUCAAUGAUGAUGCAUGAGGUCGUUGGAUCAUAAUCCAUAAUUAUCUUCCUUACUGGGGACGAAUCAUAAAUGUCAUGGUUAUUGCGGUUUAGCUGUGCUUGCAA